AUGCCUGUCUUCUCAAAGCUACUCGUUCUUCCUCUUCUUGCGACAACCGCCCUCGCUGCCCCCAAGCUGGCAAAGCGGUUUACUUUCCCCAUCCCUGGCUCAACCGGUAGCGUUACCUUUGACGAGCCGUACGAGAUCGCCGCGGGCGAGACCUACGACGGAGAGCUCCAGACCUUCGGCCGUGGCGUCGAAUGCACUGGUCAGGACGAAGGCGGGGAGUCUGACACCGUCUUCAUUGUCCAAGAGGGCGGAACCCUUCGCAAUGCUAUUAUCGGGGCCGACCAGAUCGAGGGAGUUUACUGUCUCGGUGCCUGCACGAUUGAGAAUGUCUGGUGGGAGAAGGUUUGCGAGGAUGCCCUGUCCUUGAAGGAAGGGAGUGGGCCGUAUAACGUUAUCGGCGGUGGUGCGCAGGGUGCCGAGGAUAAGGUGAUUCAGCACAACUCCGAGGGUGAGGUCAUCAUUGACGGCUUCACGGUCUACGACUUUGGCAAGCUGUACCGCUCUUGCGGAACCUGUGGUGAUGUCCAGCGGACUGCAACGAUCAGUAACGUUAUUGCCGUGGAGGGGUCGACCAUUGCGGGUGCCAAUGGCAACUUCGGUGACGUCGUGACCAUCGACAGCAGCAACUGCGCGACGGACGUCGGUGCGAUUUGCACCACGUACGAGGCGGACGCCGAUGGUGGUGAGCCUGAAGAGACCUCGACUGAUCCUACCGAAGCAUGCGUUUUCGAGGAGCUCCCAGCUUGCGAGUAG